UCCCGGUACUUCCCUCCGCUGUCGGUGUCUGCUCUCUUUCCCAGUAUAAUUUUACAUAGUUUACGAGUUUUUUUUAAUAUAACUCUAAAAAAACCCAGGUGUCCUAGAAAUCCGAAGAAGAGUAGAGCAGAGCAGACAGAGGAUAGCGUGCGUGAAAGCCGCCCAUGGCGUCCACUGUCCACCACAACAGCCACCAGGCGCUCCUCCUCCGGCCUCUCCCCACUCCGUCUCGCCACCCCCGCCUCUCCUUCUCGCCGCGCCCAGCCGGCCUCCGUUCCUUCUUCCCGGCUUCUGGUUGCCGCCUUGGCACGCAUGGCGUUGCGCUUGCAGAGCCAGAGUUCGUUCCCCUACAGGAGGAGGAGGAGGAGGAGGAGGACGCCCGAUUCGUCGUGGUGACCUUCUACAAAUUCGUGCCCCUCUUUGACCCCCACGCCGAGGUCGCCAGACACCUCAACUUCCUCCAGGGACGCGACAUACAUGGUCGCAUUUACUUGAAUGAGAAGGGAAUCAAUGCUCAGUACAGUGGCCCUCACAAAGAUGCAGUGGCAUAUGCAGACUGGGUUAAGAAACAUCAUCAGUUUUCUGAUAUGCUUGUUCAAACCUCACCAGCUGUAACUGGGCAUGCCUUUCCUAGACUGAAACUACGGUACAAACCAUCACUUGUUCAGUUAGAAGGAGGUAGUUUGCAUCUUCCGUUGCUGGACCCUAACAUGCGUGCGACACCAUUGACUCCAUCAGAGUGGAAGGAAAGACUUGAAGCUAGGACAUGCCUUGAUGUGUCCUCAGGCGAAACAUCUGGAAGGGGGCUUUUGCUGCUUGAUGUGAGGAAUGAUUAUGAAUGGGAUGUUGGGCACUUUGAAGGUGCUCAGCGGCCUAAUGUGGACUGCUUCAGAAGCACUUCCUUUGGACUUUCGGGAGAGACAGAUCCUCUAAAUGGUGUAGACAAAGAGAGGACAGAUAUACUAAUGUACUGCACCGGGGGGAUAAGAUGUGAUGUGUAUUCAACAAUUCUUAGGAAGAAGGGCUUUCGGAAUCUGUAUACACUGGAGGGAGGAGUGUCGAACUAUCUCAAGGUGGAGGGGCCAGCAGGGUGGGUGGGAAAUCUCUUUGUCUUUGAUGGCCGGCUCUCGUUGCCACCAGCGACAUUCAAUGAGGAAGAAGAUGAGGAGGAACAGCAGGAGAACAAGAGGUGGGUGGGGUGCUGCUACGUGUGCGGAUCAGAGGUGGUGGAGCUGCGGCACCGCAACUGCGCCAACAUAGACUGCAACCGCCUUUAUCUGUGCUGCGGUUGGUGUGCGGAGGAGCUGUGCGGCUGCUGCUGCUCCGACUGCAAGGUCGCCCCUCGGCUGCGGCCGCUGCUGCCAGGCCACCAGAGAUACUUGAAAUGGCAUGUCUACCGCGACGGACGGACGGACGAUGAAAACAAACUUUAUGGUUUUGUUGACGAUGACAGCAGUGGCCUGUGAGGUUGAGAUAGUUCACGACUGAAAAUCCAACAUCCCAGGAGGGAAUACUUUGUCUUGUCGUGUGCCUACCUACUUUUAUACUUGGACAGAUGAGUGAGUGAGAGUUCAGAGUUGAGCCGGCUAUGUUUAGAGUCACAUGAAGCGUUCAGAUGCAACAAACUUUAUGGUUUUGUUGGGUUUCUUACAAAUUCCAUUCCACUUUAGACC